AAUUGGAAAAGUGCAAGUAAGUGGGACGCGUGUUUAUUUCAGCUCCCAAAUUUCGUCGGCUCGACUCUGAAGAGAUAUAAAUGUGGCUCGUCGGCUUUUGAAGAUUCUUUCUUUUUCCUUCUUCACUUUCUCUCUGUUUCUUCCUGUAUCUCUCUUUCCCUGUCCACAAAUUCGUAUUUUAUUUCCCCUAUUUAACCAAACAAUUAAGUUUUCAUUUUAUUUUAUAUCUUGAUUUGUGAUCUCAUCUUCUUCCUGGAGCUGUGUUCCACUGUUGCUCUUUUGCUUGGUCUUCUUUCUUUUUCACUAUCUCUGAUUCUUCUUUCUCUUUUACUUUCAGUAUUGAGGUAAGGUACAAUGAGCCUUUAAGACGGAUUCAUCUCAAAUUAAAAUAGAAUUGGAUCAUCUGAUGUCUGAUCGUGUUGCAAAAUCAGAACCUGAUAGUGAUGGAACAACUAGGCAAUCUAUAAAUCAUUACCAAGCCGCUUGGAUGGAUCAUUGGAAGCAUAAAAGGCAUAAACCAUCCACUGAGGUUCACAAUCAUUCACAGCACUGUCUUGGACAAAAAAAAGAUGAUCAUGACGAUUCUAAGAAGCAUCCUUUGCUUUCUGAGCCUGAAAUGGCAACCACUAUUUCGAGAUAUUCUCAAGGAUUUAGAGAAGUUUCCGAAGCCAGAACAAUUGACACCAUGAAGAAGAGUCUGAAAACGGGUUCAAUGAUGUUGGAGAAAGAAAUUUUAGAUGGACAGCCCCUUCCAAUGUUCACCAAUUCAGGGAAUACGGAGAGUGCUACGUUUUCACAGAAUAAUGCAGGUACGUGGUCCAAUGGUGAGGCAGUAAAGUAUCAAAUCGAUCUCAAUGAAGGCCAUAACUCUAUUACUAUGGGUACAAGUGAGUGGGCUUAUCCUGAAAUGGAAUGUCCUUCUAGAGAAUGUAAAUUUCCUGAAGGCAUUUCACGUGUUCCUGAGCAGCUGGUGAAAUCUCAUAAAUUUCUUGAAGAAAACAGCUUAGCUGUUUCAGCAUCUUUUCAGGAUGAUGUCGGGUCACGUUCUAAAAUUGUACCAUAUGUAGUGAAUAGUGGAGUGGCUCCAACGCAAUCCUUCACGUGUCAACGUGAAAACAUUGAUCAAUCAAGCCCUGUUGUAGCAUCCAAAGAACACUUCACGGAUGAUAAAUUUUGCAGCUAUUCUACCUUUUGGGUCCAUGAGAAGAAAGCAGAUGCCCUUUCCAAGCCCAGAAAACUGGGGAGUUCAUUCUCUACGGAGAAUGAUGCACCUCUAUUACUUCAUGAUCAGUCAAGAAAUAAUAGUCAGAAUAAACAGAGUCAGAAGGUGGAAAAUAAUUAUAGUAUUAGAUUGCUUCCAAGCUUGGGCUGUCCUGAGGCGAUAAAAUCAGGAAAAGCAUACGAUGAACAUUUCUUGGUGCCAAGAAUACCUCGUUCUUUUCAUGAUGUCAAGACUAUGAGAAUAUGUACUACUAUAGGUUCUGUGGAAGAAUUACCCCGAGGUCCUUCCAAGUUUUCUCAGACAACUCACCAAUUUUUUAUUGCAAAGAAGACUGGUGUUAACUUAACUGAAGGAGGACAAGCGUUCAGAGAUGCCAUAGUCUCCCCCAAAUUGAAGGGAAAUAUGUUCAAUGAGUUCCUGAGCUUAGCUCCCAGUUUCAGUUUCCGUGGUCAGCAAGGAGUGAAACUGCAGCCUCUGGAGAGCUCCACAGAUACUGAAGGAAAAGAAAAUGUGGGAGACAUCAGAACUUCUAUUGUUUGUUUGAAGAAUGAAUCAUCAGUUGAAACUGAUGCUAUGGAAUUGGAUGUUUUCCAGAAGAGCCAUCUUUCAAGUGUGGCUUUAUGUCCACCAGAUCAGAACAUCAAGGGAAUUCAUAAUUCAUCGUUAUCUGAAACUGAGAAUGCUACUGGAGAAGAAGCUGGGAACAAAAUGGCCAAAACUGAAUUACCUGAUAUGAAUGAAGGGCUUCCUGCACUUCCAGCUGUGGCAAACUCGAUAGAUGAUGAAGGGACAAGCACCUCAAGAACCCAGAGUUUAGAUGCACAGCAUCUCCUUUGCCAUGCUGAGCAGCCUUCAAAUUCCAAUACCAAUGCUUGUCCAGAUGAUCCUCUGUGGCCAGAGGCAAGCAGCAGAUGGGUUAAACGUCUCAAGUUGAGCACUUCAGAUCCUCUUGCUCAUGGUACUAAGAGCUCUAAAAUUGAAGAAGUUUCAUCCCGUGUAAAGGCUAACAACAUCAGCAAAACUAGUUCAGAGCCCACAUUAGUUAGAAGCCAUGCGAGACCACAACUGACACUCGAUCAAACUGCGGUGAUAUUAAAGAAAGGUGACUCCACUUCCACUGAUUCAGUGAGGAAAAGUCAAGAAAUAUCUCUUUCACGUUCUUGGAUUUACAGAUGGUGUCGUCAAAGAGCUGCAUCUCCAAAGAAGAAGCCUGAUGUUAUGGUGCUAUGUGAAUCACAGAGCUCAAAGGCAACAUUGGAUGAACUCCAAAAGAAGCAGUUUCCGAGCAUUGCAGCUAUGGCUCUGGUGGGGAAGGCCAUUAACAGUUUUCACCCUUGUGCGUUUAGAAGAAGGGGGUCUUUGAUUUUUUGGAACGCGUGAAGGAUUUUGAGGUAAUUCUAGCUAAAAACUAUUCAUGGUGGGAAAAACAAAUUGACCUAUUAGGUGAUGCUAGUAGUGUUGGUGGUGUCAUUUGUUGCUGAGAGGAAGAAAUGCUUGCCCCAUCCAUAUUACAUAUCUAUAAGAUCUUUGACAGGAAUGUGAAGUCAGAAUGCUCCCUAGUUAUGUUUCCUUCCUGCAUACAUUUCAUGCCACCUUUACAUCAAAGGGAAAAGUUUUUCUAGCUGGGUUAUUUAUGGAAGAAUCUUACAGAGGCCUUUUGUCUUGAAUUACUCAACGGCUAUCAUUUUAUCUUGUAAGUUUGAAGAACUCUACAUGAUAUUUCCUGUUUUGGUCCUCCAAAAAUUACUUGAAAUAAAAGACCAAUGAACUGAAGAAAUGAUAAGCAAGGAAGCUGUGAAUCUUCAUAAGUGUAUGGGAGUAAAUUUUGUAAUAAUGAAUCGGGUAUGUUAUUAUUAAGUUUGCAUUUAAGUGGUUUCCGCGCUUUUGUAAUUUACAGCUAGCCUUGGAACAAUACGAUUACUAUUUUGGUGAUAUAUCAUGAUGGCAACACAUAACAUCUGGACCUUAUUUUUCUUUCACUAAUUUCUUCGGCUGUAAAUGGAGGUUUUGAGAGAGCUGUUGAAUCAUGCAACACAUUGACAAGUAGGAAUUGUCGAGCCAUAUUAUAAAUCCAAAGGUUAGGGCAGUUUGUUUUUC